AUGGCCAGGAUUAGUGCAAUCAUAUUUGUAUUAGUUACCUGUUUGCCUUUUGAGACGGUAGCGCAGCUCAGGUGUAGCACCGCAGGGGUAGCAGGCUUAAAAGGAUGUGAAUGUAAUUUCUUGGGUGCCUGUGAUGUUAGUGGAAGGGAAAGGGCUGGCAUGAACAUAUCAGAGCACCCGCCAAAAGGUCUAGAAAGGUACGCUCGUUUUGAGGAUUCCUUUGGAACAAACCUAGCUUUUUUGUGCGAAGGUAAAACUGUGGCAAUACUUUAUGACUGUUUUAAUCGAAUACCACUGUAUGCAGCGACGGUAGUUACAGGAAGACAGCUAUCGACGAGGGACAGUGGACGACCCAAAGGGUUAGACGGUACAUUUAGACAAAGCGGGACAGCGCUGCGUACGUUUUUUCAGCAGAAUGAAAAUGACUACACCCAGUCUUCCAAACGAAACACCUACUAUAGAGAAAAGGUGGGAGAUAAAAUAGUUAAAGACGAGCAAUGGAACAGAGCAUUGAACAUGAACCCAUUGUUGCCUACUAAAUCAAAUGUUGUAAUGCACAAGGGACACCUGAUUGCAUCUAUGUACGGCAGAGGAAAUUACGAAAAAAAGGUACAGACUUUCUUUUACACUAAUGCUAUUCCCCAGUUUGGAGAUUUCAAUUCUGUUCCGUGGAGAAUUUGCGAGCAGAGGCUCAUUCGGUGGGGUCAAGAUUAUUGUUUAAACGAGAAAACACCAGAUGGAGUACGAAACGUUCUGAUGUUCAUUGUUGUCGGGGCGAUUCCCUCAACCUUUAAGGGCCGCGGUCCCGCAAAACCGAGAUUUUUUGGCAGCGGUGGAUUCAGCAACUUUCAGGACAAUGUGAACUUUCGUGUAAACGUUCCUUCAAAGAUGUGGACUGCUGCCUGCUGUACCAAUGAAUACACUAACGGUGGACGAACCUACAACGUUACCAGGAGUACGGCAUUCUGGAGAGAAAAUACACCAGGAAAGUUUACAUGUAAUAGAGUUAGGGUGGAUUGGUUGGAAGUAGAUCUAACACCAACGGGAGAAGAACGAGUAAAUUUGUUUCCGUUCUCCACUGAAUGCAGGAAUAAAGACAACCAUGUAGUAUUACCAUAA